UCACACAGUACUCUAGCAGUACUCUACUAGGCUGGAGACAGGUGGGUUCACACAGUACUCUAGCAGUACUCUACUAGGCUGGAGACAGGUGGGUUUACACAGUACUCUACUAGGCUGGAGACAGGUGGGUUCACACAGUACUCUAGCAGUACUCUACUAGGCUGGAGACAGGUGGGUUCACACAGUACUCUAGCAGUACUCUACUAGGCUGGAGACAGGUGGGUUCACACAGUACUCUAGCAGUACUCUACUAGGCUGGAGACAGGUGGGUUCACACAGUACUCUAGCAGUACUCUACUAGGCUGGAGACAGGUGGGUUCACACAGUACUCUAGCAGUACUCUACUAGGCUGGAGACAGGUGGGUUCACACAGUACUCUAGCAGUACUCUACUAGGCUGGAGACAGGUGGGUUCACACAGUACUCUAGCAGUACUCUACUAGGCUGGAGACAGGUGGGUUCACACAGUACUCUAGCAGUACUCUACUAGGCUGGAGACAGGUGGGUUCACACAGUACUCUAGCAGUACUCUACUAGGCUGGAGACAGGUGGGUUCACACAGUACUCUAGCAGUACUCUACUAGGCUGGAGACAGGUGGGUUCACAUCGUCCUCUAGCAGGGGCCGGUUCGGGACCAUGUAACGUUACAGAACGCUCAGAUACAAACCUUCAUGUCGAAUAGGGAGUUGUCAGGGAAACAGAAUGAAUAGAUCUGCAACAAGGUUCAGAAUGUUUCACAUCACUGAGUCGUCCUAUACCCCAGUGGAGACAGGUGGGUUCACGCCAGGUCACAGAGGCUGGAGACAGGCGGGUUCACGCCAGGUCACAGAGGCUGGAGACAGGCGGGUUCACGCCAGGUCACAGAGGCUGGAGACAGGCGGGUUCACGCCAGGUCACAGAGGCUGGAGACAGGCGGGUUCACGCCAGGUCACAGAGGCUGGAGACAGGCGGGUUCACGCCAGGUCACAGAGGCUGGAGACAGGCGGGUUCACGCCAGGUCACAGAGGCUGGAGACAGGCGGGUUCACGCCAGGUCACAGGGGCUGGAGACAGGCGGGUUCACGCCAGGUCACAGGGGCUGGAGACAGGUGGGUUCACGCCAGGUCACAGAGGCUGGAGACAGGCGGGUUCACGCCAGGUCACAGAGGCUGGAGACAGGCGGGUUCACGUCAGGUCACAGGGGCUGGAGACAGGUGGGUUCACGUCAGGUCACAGAGGCUGGAGACAGGUGGGUUCACGCCGGGUCACAGAGGCUGGAGACAGGCGGGUUCACGCCGGGUCACAGAGGCUGGAGACAGGCGGGUUCACGCCGGGUCACAGAGGCUGGAGACAGGCGGGUUCACGCCGGGUCACAGAGGCUGGAGACAGGCGGGUUCACGCCGGGUCACAGAGGCUGGAGACAGGCGGGUUCACGCCGGGUCACAGAGGCUGGAGACAGGCGGGUUCACGCCGGGUCACAGAGGCUGGAGACAGGCGGGUUCACGCCGGGUCACAGAGGCUGGAGACAGGCGGGUUCACGCCGGGUCACAGAGGCUGGAGACAGGCGGGUUCACGCCGGGUCACAGAGGCUGGAGACAGGCGGGUUCACGCCGGGUCACAGAGGCUGGAGACAGGCGGGUUCACGCCGGGUCACAGAGGCUGGAGACAGGCGGGUUCACGCCGGGUCACAGAGGCUGGAGACAGGCGGGUUCACGCCGGGUCACAGAGGCUGGAGACAGGCGGGUUCACGCCGGGUCACAGAGGCUGGAGACAGGCGGGUUCACGCCGGGUCACAGAGGCUGGAAACAGGCGGGUUCACGCCGGGUCACAGAGGCUGGAGACAGGCGGGUUCACGCCAGGUCACAGAGGCUGGAGACAGGUGGGUUCACGCCAGGUCACAGAGGCUGGAGACAGGUGGGUUCACGCCAGGUCACAGAGGCUGGGUUCACGCCAGGUCACAGAGGCUGGGUUCACGCCAGGUCACAGAGGCUGGGUUCACGCCAGGUCACAGAGGCUGGGUUCACGCCAGGUCACAGAGGCUGGGUUCACGCCAGGUCACAGAGGCUGGGUUCACGCCAGGUCACAGAGGCUGGGUUCACGCCAGGUCACAGAGGCUGGAGACAGGUGGUUUCACGCCAGGUCACAGAGGCUGGAGACAGGUGGGUUCACGCCAGGUCACAGAGGCUGGGUUCACGCCAGGUCACAGAGGCUGGAGACAGGUGGUUUCACGCCAGGUCACAGAGGCUGGAGACAGGUGGUUUCACGCCAGGUCACAGAGGCUGGAGACAGGUGGGUUCACGCCAGGUCACAGAGGCUGGGUUCACGCCAGGUCACAGAGGCUGGAGACAGGUGGUUUCACGCCAGGUCACAGAGGCUGGAGACAGGUGGGUUCACGCCAGGUCACAGAGGCUGGGUUCACGCCAGGUCACAGAGGCUGGAGACAGGUGGGUUCACGCCAGGUCACAGAGGCUGGGUUCACGCCAGGUCACAGAGGCUGGAGACAGGUGGGUUCACGCCAGGUCACAGAGGCUGGGUUCACGCCAGGUCACAGAGGCUGGAGACAGGUGGGUUCACUCCAGGUCACAGAGGAUGGAGGCAGGUGGGUUCAGGUCAGAGGCUAGCUAUGGUGACAGUCUGCCAGCUCUCAUUAGCCGUUAUGUCUGAGGGUAAAUAAUACAUGUUGAGCCUGUCAUGUGGAUAUAUAUAUAUAUAUAUAUAUAUAUCCAUACACACACACACACACACACACAAGAAUGUAGUAUGUUUAUGGGAUAGAUGGAGGUGAAAGGUAGGAGAGAGCAGGCUUAAAGAGCAGUGGGCUGUAUUGGAACCCAUGCUGACAGCGGUACAUGGUAGAUGCGCUCCAGAGGCAGCGGGUUAGACAGCUAGACCACCCCAGGCCACACCGAUCACUUCUCAUCGCUAGUCAGGCUCCAUUAUAGAGCUGAUCUGUUACACAACAUUAGGACUGUAGGAGGAAGCAGAGCAUGUCGUUCACUACACAUGGAGCUUUUUCAUUCAAAUCUUGUGAUCAUGGUGGGGCUAGGCAAUAGAAUAUGAUUUAAAUAAAUAAAUUGUGAUGAUUAAAUAAAUAAUUGCGCUGUUAGGUCUGUAUGUACAGUAUUUUGUGAUGACACCUAUUGCCUGUGGCUCAAAUAAAGCUCUCUCAAUUUCAAUUCAAAGGGGCUUUAUUGGCAUGGGAAACAUGUUUACAUUGCAAAUUAAAUAAACAAACAAUCCCUCUCUCUUUUC